GAUCGCUGUCAUGGUGUGCGGCCUGAUCUCCCGGGAUCCCGUCAUCAACUGCGUGGUGGCUGUCGCCGUCGGCAUGGCGAUGCUCGUCUGCUUUUCGCUGGUGCUCUCCCCCGUCAUCGCCAAGUUCAACGCGUUCUCGCUCAUCCAGACUGCUCUCAGCCUGUCCACCGGCGGCGCCUCGUUCUACUUCUACACCGACACGCCCGAGCAGUACCCAGAGGGCCCGCACUUCUCCGACUUCUUCUACAACUCUGUGCUGGGGACCGCGGGCACGGUCUUCUCGCUGAUUGGCAUUUUCACCUACCAGCGGUACAUGAGCAACUGGAAGUACCGGAACUUGCUGAUCGUUACGAACAUCACGCUCUCGGCUUUCAGCGCCUUGGACAUCAUGAUGUACGCUCGUCUCAACAAGAAGAUCGGCGUCCCGGACCACGCGCUGGUCUUCGGCCUGAGCUGCAUCGAGACGGUCAUCGCGCAGUGGCAGUGGAUGCCGCAGGUUGUGAUCCUUUCGUACCUGUGCCCCAAGGGCAUGGAGGCGACCAUGUACGCGCUGCUGGCUGGCUGCCACAACAUGGGCGGGCUCAUCGCGGGCAGCUGUGGUGCUCUGCUUCUUUCUUAUCUCGGCGUCAAGCCGAAGGGCGAGGUUGGCGAGUCCGCGCAGUUCGACAAUUUGUGGGUGGCGGCGGCCCUGUCCACGGUGCUCCCGCUGCUCGCGAUCCUGAUCCUGUACUGGCUGGCCGCCGAGGAGAACGAGAAUGCACACAACAGAACUUUCGCCCUCCGGGUCGGCUUGCUGAACGGGCUGGCGGUGGGGCGUCGGCACGCACGGCCUCGCCAGGAAGGGGAGGGGGUCCUGGAGAAUGGGAAUAGGCAUGGGCCCCAUCGCGGUGCAAUAUGAUUCAACACUCUAGAGGCCGCCCCUUGAGCUCACCCACGAAGAAAACGAACCAGAAGACGGACCUCAGCGCGGGUACAUGGCCAGAGCUUGAGGAAGACGAGCAUCCCGUACAUACCUCAAAUGGAUGCCUCACCACACAUUGAUAGCGUAACAAACUUGGCUGAAAUGAACACGGCUCGAUUCGGGUCUAUUAUUAUGUGCACCACAGGUAGACCGCUGUUGUUCUCACGAUGCGUCCCACCUCGUCGCCUAGAAAAGCCGCACUCACGGUGCGGCAUCCUGGGCGUCCCCCGAGCGCCACGUGGCGGCGUGGGACGUGACGUCGAAGCUGCCCAGAGCCCAAAUGUGCACGGAGAAGCCCCGAGCCUCGAGUGCUUGAGGGAGGGCGUCCAGUACGUCCUGCCCCCCCCUCCCAUCCCUCACCGUGGCGCUGAUCUCCUCUAUCCGCGGACGCGUGUCGUAGCGGACCCGAGGCUCCGCGCGCGCGUGGCGCAGUGGGUGGUGGUGCGCGUGCGGGGUCCCGGAGAGGAGGGGCCACGGUGAGGGGUCUCCCGGGGGGCCUCCCCGGCCCCGGGCCUGCCCGAGCACGGCUCGUGGCGAGGCCCCGAGGACCGGGGCCCCCAUCUGGGGGCCUUGGCCUUCGCCGUCUGGGGCUCCGGAUGGAGACCCGCGGGUCGGGGAGUGCAGCCCGCAGCAGGCGCGGCCUGCCUCCAGAGAGUUUUCGUCCGCCCGCUCCGCCCUGCCUGCCCUCCCUCGCCUCCCUCGGCGCAGCUGUUUCGUGGCACGGGCCCCUGGGCAUUCUCUCUCUCUCUCUCUCUCUUCGGCAGCAGGCCGCGGGAGCCGUGUGCGGUCUCUCGGUUCUGCAGGAGGGGAGGAAACACACACACGCAGACACAACUGACCCUCGAUUCCCAAGAACAAAAAGGUAGCAUAUGGGAAUGGGGGGGAAGACCCAAACCCAGAGCACGUGGGAAAACAUGGGGCAUCCUGUCAUUUGUGUCUAUUCAUUUGUGUGCCCCAGGGCCCCUUCAGUUCUGGCUCUGGAGUGCACUCGCGUCGAUCGGCAUCUGGCAGUCGGUGAGGUAUAGCGCCGAUGUGGCGCCGACCAGCGUCGACAAGCGUCGACGAAUGCCGAUUUGGCAUCGGUUAGCGUCUAUUCGCGAGAGCCAACAAGAGGGUAUGGGAGGCUCCCGCGAGUUGCCGCAGAAGUGCUCGUCCGGACCCUUUUUCCUCAUGCCGACAUCCUCAUGCCUCCAGAUAGUUUGCGCUUCCUGGCUGGCCUCUGCUCCGAGGAGGCCGGCAGGAGCGCGGCAGCGCCCGAGCGGCGCCGCGUGGGGGGGGUGCGCAGGCUCAUCCCCGACGCGCGGCAGAACGAGAAGAUCAUCGAUGCCAGCGACGACGCCACCACGGGUUCCCUCUGGAAGCGCAUGACCGGCAGCCGGUGAGCGCCCCGUGUGCCCCGCGCUGGGCGUGGUCGCUCCCGGGCCUGCGCGGACCCAGCGUGUUGACUCGCCCAUGCCCUCGACGCGGCUCCCAGGGCGAAUGCGCCCAGUGCCCGCCCCUCGGCCAGGUAUCCGCCCUUCUCUGCCUCCGCCGACGGACUCGCGCAGGCGUGGCACGGCCGGCCGCGUGCGGGCACAGCUGCCCGCUCUUGGACUGUUCCUCAAAAAGUCGGCUUGAUGAUUCUGCGGCCACC